AUGGCGGGAGAAGACUACAACGACUUUCUCGUUGCGCGGGUAAUUACCGAGCAGAGGCCUGUCACCUACAGGCUGCUCAGCAGAGCGACCAGCAGCAAUGUCAACACAGCGAAACGGUUCGUGCAGCUCUUGCCAGAAUCUGAAUGCCGGCUCACACGAUACAGGAUGCUCUUCGAGUUCCAAAAGAACCAGAAUGCGCGGAAACCCAAGUCGGUGCACGCGACCUACCUCGUGACUGGCACACCCAAACGAAUCGCAAGACCCAAUGGCGCCCACCGUCAGAAGCGUGAGGACGCCGACAUGCGCAGCUCGCCCUUUAUGAGCUCCAUGCCCGAACGAGAAGAGCGCGAAGACUCCGAUUACACUAGCGACUCCGAUGACGAAGAUACACCCGCACCUGAAGGUGUGAAAGAGACCAAGAUUGUAUUGGUAGGCGAAGAAGACUUGGAAAAGACUAGGUCGGAGUUUGAAGAUGGAUCCACGGCUCACAUUUACAGUGUGGAGCCCGGCCCGCUCAAGGCUGUCGGCGUACUGUCUUUGUGCAACCAUGAGGUUGUAACAGAGUAUGCAGACGAAGAUCCUCUGGAGCGGUGGAGAACAUACGGUUCCAUUCAAAACGAACACAUCAAGCGAAGAACUGCAAAGUAUGCUCCUCCUACUGCUACAUCGAAGCCCGCUGCGAAGAUCAUCACGAAGCCUGCCGGAAAGGGCACUUUCGCUUUUGCGACGAAGGACAAGGAGACGUCCUCGUCUGCGAGAAGAGGAAGCGCGUCCGAAGACAAUACAUCCGGUCGCUCAACGCCGCAACCCUCUGCGGGGUCUACUACACUGAAGAGGAGCGAUUCGAAGUCCGGGGCGAAAAAAGACAAGGCGACAAGUGAUCUCUUCAAGUCGUUUGCAAAGGCCAAGCCGAAGGCGAAAGAAGCGGAAAAGUCACAAGAAUCCACCCCAGCGCCGGUUGAGGAUGAACCAAUGGAAGGUAUGUCCGAGGAUGAAGGUGAUCCCGAUGAUGAGCCCGAGAUCAAGAUCGACGAGGAGAAGAUUGAGGCAGCCCGCAAAGUUCGAGAGGAGCGAGCCGAACGACUGCGCAAGAUGAUGGAAGAUGACGAUGAAGAAAUGCCGGAUGCACCAGCCACAGCAGAAUCUCAGCCUGAAGCUCCUUCAACAGCGGCGACGGAUACCACAGAGCCAACCGAGGGCGAAGCUACUGUCACAGUGGAGAACGGUCGCAGACGCGGCCGGAGACGAGUGAUGAAGAAGAAAAAGGUCAAGGAUGAGGAUGGCUAUCUUGUGACCAAGGAAGAGGCCGUCUGGGAGUCCUUCUCGGAAGAAGAACCUGCACCAAAGAAGGCGAAGCCAGCGCCAGCUAAGCCAACGAGCUCGGCAAAAGCGAAGAAUGCUGGCAAGAAAGGCCAAGGAAGCAUAGCCAGUUUCUUCAAGAAGGCCUGA